AUGGCGGACGCAGAGAACAAAAAGGUUCCGGAAAAAGCUCCGGAGAAAAAGACGCCGGAGAAGAAAAAAGGUCCGGCAAAAAAAGAUGCGGAAAAAAAGCUUCCGUCGAUCCCAGAGAGCCUUCUGAAAAAGCGAAAGGCCUUCGCCGCCAGGAAGGCCCGUCGCGUUAAGCGAUUGGUUGCAAUUAAAAAGGCCCGCAAAGCGGAGAGGAAGCUCAUCUACAAGAGGGCUGAACAGUACCACAAGGAGUACAGACAGAUGUACCGGCGUGAGAUCCGCCUUUCACGAAUGGCUCGCAAAGUGGGAAACUACUACGUGCCAGCUGAGCCCAAAUUGGCGUUUGUUAUCCGGAUCAGAGGUAUCAAUGGAGUCAGCCCAAAAGUCCGCAAAGUUCUGCAGCUGAUGCGUCUUCGUCAGAUCUUCAACGGAGUGUUCGUGAAGCUUAACAAGGCUUCCAUUAACAUGCUCAGGAUUGCAGAACCCUACAUUGCAUGGGGAUAUCCCAACCUGAAAUCUGUGCGUGAGCUCAUCUACAAGCGUGGUCAUGGCAAGAUCAGGAAGCAGCGUAUUGCCCUCACAGACAACGCUUUGGUGAAGCGAACCCUCGGCAAAUACGGUAUUAUCUGCAUGGAGGACCUCAUCCAUGAGGUUUACACCGUCGGCAAGAACUUCAAGGCCGCCAACAACUUCCUCUGGCCCUUCAAGCUCUCGUCACCUCGGGGUGGCAUGAACAAGAAGACUACUCACUUUGUGGAGGGAGGUGACGCUGGCAACAGGGAGGAUCAGAUCAACAGAAUGAUCCGAAGGAUGAACUAG